GGCUUCUCCUCCUCCGCCCCGGCAGAGGGCGGCCGCGCGGCGGGCAGGGCCGGGCCGUGCCGUGCCGUGAGGGAGCGGGCAGCAGCCAUGGCCGUGCUGCUGGAGACCACGCUGGGCGACCUGGUCAUCGACCUCUACACGGAGGAGCGGCCCCGCGCUUGCCUGAAUUUCCUGAAGCUCUGCAAAAUCAAGUACUACAACUAUUGCCUCAUUUACAAUGUGCAGAGGGACUUUAUUAUACAAACUGGGGACCCCAUGGGGACCGGCCGUGGAGGCGAAUCUGUAUUUUGUCAACUGUACGGUGAUCAAGCCAGAUUUUUUGAAGCAGAAAAAGUGCCGAGAAUUAAGCACAAGAAAAAAGGAACCGUGUCCAUGGUGAACAAUGGCAGUGAUCAGCAUGGAUCACAGUUUCUUAUUACAACAGGGGAAAACCUGGAUUACCUUGAUGGUGUGCAUACGGUAUUUGGAGAAGUGACCGAAGGCAUGGAUGUAUUGAAGACGAUUAACGAAACCUUUGUGGAUAAGGAUUUUAUCCCAUAUCAAGAUAUCAGGAUAAAUCAUACAGUAAUUUUAGAUGAUCCCUUUGAUGAUCCACCUGGCUUGUCUAUUCCUGAUCGCUCACCAGAACCUACUAAGGAGCAGCUAGAUAGUGGCAGAAUAGGAGCAGAUGAAGAAAUUGAUGACUUGAAAGGACGAUCUGCAGAUGAAAUAGAAGAAGUUCAGGCAGAAAAAGAAGCGAAAACUCGUGCCAUUCUUCUGGAGAUGGUGGGAGACUUACCAGAUGCAGAAGUCAAGCCACCAGAAAACGUGCUGUUUGUUUGUAAACUGAAUCCUGUGACUACAGAUGAAGACCUAGAGAUAAUAUUUUCACGAUUUGGUCCAAUUAAAAGCUGCGAAGUGAUUCGAGACUGGAAGACUGGUGAAUCUCUUUGUUAUGCUUUCAUUGAAUUUGAAAAGGAGGAAGACUGUGAGAAAGCCUAUUUCAAAAUGGACAACGUGCUAAUAGAUGACAGACGGAUACAUGUGGAUUUUAGCCAAUCUGUUGCAAAGAUUAAGUGGAAAGGAAAAGGUGGGCAGUAUACCAAGGAUGAUUUCAAAGAAUAUGAAAAGGAACGUGACAGACCUUCAAAAUUUGCUCUGAAAGAGAAGGUAAAACCAAAGCAGGAUGCCAAGUAUGACCUUGUGCUAGAGGAGGAGGAAGAAGAGUCUCAAACAAGUCAAUCGCACUCGGCUAAAAAGCAGAAGAAGAAAAAGCAUCACCACUCUGAAGAUGAAGAGGAUGACAAGCGGACCAAAAAACACAAGGAUUCUGAUCGGAAGCACGAAGGAGAGCGCUACAGGGAGAAGACAAAGAGUGAGAAGAAAGACAGGCAUCGGAGUCGCAGCCGAUCCCAGGAAAGAGGCUCCAGUUACAGCAAGCAUAAGGACAAAUACAGAGAAGAUGUCCGAGUAAGAGACUGGGAUAAAAAGGCAGACAGAAGCAGAAGUCCAAAGAAAUCAAAAGACAAAGAGAGGUCCAAGUACAGAUGAUGGAGGAGAAAGAGAGAAGGGAACUAAAACUCUGUUUUCUUCCUGCAUUUCCACCAUUGCUGCCAUAUGACUGUGCAGGUACUGGUUGAAAGCAGCUACGUUCUGUCAGUGGUUUGGCCUCACGAUUCUGUGAAUUCCCAGUGUAUGACUUGGAGUAAGGCUGGGUUCCCAAAAGCUUGUUUCAAUAAAGUAUUUCACAUCAGUGGAAUGAUUUGAGUCUCCGAUAAGGAAUGUUGUCUAAAGCUUGUUGGAAACGUAAGUGUUUGCUAUCAAAUGAAUUGCCCACUGCAAAGAGAUUUGCAGCGCUUGCCUCCUGUCUGCAAGGAGGCCGUGUUCCUCUUUCAGCACUUGCAGAUCUUACAGGAAGCAGUGUGAUAGAAGACCCGUGAGACAGAAAUGUUCUGUGCACACUCCCUCCAAAAAAGUGCUCUGAUACCAUUAUUACAAUGAAUACUCAAAGCUCUGUUUCCUUCCUUUGAAAUUAAAUUGCAGCUUGCCGUCAUCCUGCCAGCUCUUACCUCACUGAAUCCCGUGCAACAGUGAUUGAAGGCACCCAAGUGCUGCUCUGCUGCUUGCGAGGGAGAUGGAAGUGCUGCACUUGCUGCUCAGCUGUCUGCGCAGCUCGCUUGGCUGUGGCGUUGCAGGAGGAUGCCUCUCAGAACGAAGAUGCACUUGAUAGUUGGCACAGCUGCCAUCGCUGUUAAACAUCUGACCUCUGUAGUGUCGGGUGUGCAGCCGCUGUGAUGUCAGGCCAGUUACGCUGGGUGGGUGAGGCAGAAGAAAGCAGGCAUCAGCAGGAAGGCAGAAUUCGUAACUUGUGGUGCACUUGCCCAAGUGUACAUGGGAAUAAUUUUUGGGUUUGGUGGCAGAAGUCGUCAGUUAACAACUCUUCAUCUACAGAGGAAUGCAGGUGAUGUUAUCAGAGUCUGGGGCUUACUGAAGGCAGCAGGCUCUGAAAUGUGCAGCUCGCCCUGAUAAACAAGAUUUGGACAUUUAAACAGUGUUACUCAGUUUGCAUAUGUUUUAAGAACACCUAUGUCCUCUUCCUCUCCAGAAGAGGAAAGAUCUUGCAUUGAUAGGAGGGAAAGAAGAAGCUAAGGCAAGGUUUGUCUUUUCUUCUCCUCUGUGGAAUGUGUGGUGGCUCGAAGGCGGUCUGGUCUGGUGAAUAAACUUAACUUUUGUUGUUGUGGUUUUGCUGUAA